AUGUGUUUCUUGGACACCAGUUCCCAACUCAUUCUCCCACAAGUGGCUGCGUCAUGUACCCACCCUCUUGAUGUCACUAAAGUUCGCAUGCAAACUAUAAACGCUGUCGCAGGAUCAAAACGACCUUCGACUGUGGCAAUCAUUCGGGCAUCCCUUGUCCAAUCAGGUUUUCCUAGCCUUUACGCGGGAUUGACUGCAUCUUUGAUGCGCCAGAUGUCAUAUUCACUUGUGAGGUUGGGGAGCUACGAAAAGAUGAAAGCUUACUUGUCGCGGGAUGGUAGGGCUUCAACGCCCCACCUCAUUGCGGCCGCUUGUCUGGCUGGGGGGCUAGGUGGUAUAGCUGGGAAUCCAGCAGACAUCAUAUUGGUAAGAAUGACCAGCGACUUGACGCGUGCCCCAGACAAACGAUACGCGUACUCGAAUGCCUUAGCCGGUCUAGUAAGCCUUGUUAAACAAGAAGGAUUGCAAGGCCUUGCACGAGGCCUUGGGACGAACACUGUCAGAGCCGUUUUAAUGAAUGCAUCGCAAGUAGGAUCCUACGAUUUCUUCAAGACUCAACUGCUUCUACGACCAAUACCCAUCAUCGACUACCAACUACAAGACAAUCUUUUGCUGCAUCUCAUUGCAAGUUGUUUCGCGGGGACCGUUGCAACUACCAUAUGUUCCCCGGCUGAUGUGAUUCGGUCUCGGCUCAUGGCGUCGUCAUCUGGUUUGACUUUCAGUCAAGUAUUGACCCAGUCAUUGCGAGAGGAGGGUAUUCGAUUUCUGUUCAAGGGUUGGACACCAGCCUUCGUUCGCCUGGCUCCGAAUACGGUUCUCCUCUUUGUUUUUUUUGAAUACCUCAAGAAGUCCUGGACAAGUGCAAUGUACUCGUAGAUCAUUGUUUGCUCAGGACUAAUCUAGUUUACAGAGGAAGAUAGAUCACUUCAUACCAUAGAUUUAGAAUGUACACCGACAUUGCUUGCCACUAUUACUUUACUUUACCGUAAAUAUUUUUCAUAGAACAGAGCUCAGGGCCACCUAG